AUGGAUCUCACUUCUCAUCACGUCAAUUACUUAAUAUGGAGGUAUCUCCAAGAAUCCGGGCAUGGUGAAGCCGCUGUAAUGCUACAAAGAGCAUGGCUCGCUAACCCACAAACGUUACCUUUUGCUUCCCAUAUCAAAACACAUGCGCUCGUCUCAUUAGUACAAAAGGGCCUACAGUAUCACGAAAUAGAACAGUCCCUCGAUCAGGACGGAAACCCAGUCCCCUUUACGCCAUCCAAGUAUUUCUUUGGCCCAACGCCUCUGGACACGGAGUCGCUCAAAAGCCGCGACAAUUACAACCAAGCACAUCCCGCUCCCAGCGCCGAUACGGCGGCAAUACCGUCGCCAGCCGGCAGGCCUGUUCGCGACACUCCCACUGUGAAUGGCCACCUGAGUACCGAACACACGUUACCGGCGCUCAAUGUGAAGAAAAGCCGCAAACCCGAGCGGCCCGAGGCCGUAGUCAACGGAGAUGAUGGCGCAAUGGAAAUUGAUUCUAACGGCACAACACACGAGCGAAUCGUAUCUGGCACCCCAGCAGUGAGGUCUCCGUCGCCGGGGGACACCAUUGACGCAAAUGGCGAUGUAGAUAUGGAUAUCGACCCAGCAGCGGAAACCGAAGUCGAAACCCAUGAGGGUCCGACGCACACGCUGACCACAGGACGAAGUGUGGGCGUGCAGAUUGCCACCGCCAAAGCCGCCGACCUGACCUCAAACACGUCCAUUAUUGACUUGGAUGUUCCCCGUGACGAUCACGUGAUGCGAUGCGCAUGGCGACCACAUGAUCCUUCAAUGUUUGCCGCAUCUGGCGAUUCAUUUUGUCACCUUUGGAAAAUCCCUUCCCAGACUGCGCUAGAAGGCGCUUCGCCGACUUGUGAGAAAAUCUAUGACAGUAAAGGUGAUGGUAGCUGGGUUACGGCUCUGUCCUGGGAACCCUCAGGCCGUAAACUAGCGGUUGCGACCUACAACGAAAGACGCUCGUCAAUACAAAUGUACGAUAACAGUGGGAAUGUGGUAGACCUGUUACCGACAGCUCCCGGGAUGAUCAACGGGUUGCAUUGGGCUCCCAGCAGUCCAUACAUGGUGGUGGUGGCCUCCAACGAUCAAAACUCCGAGCUUUCUCUAUGGGACGAUUCAGUUAAGCCUGAAGAAUACCCGCCGUAUCAAGCAAUCGAAGGCCAUGUCCACGAUAUGACCUGGGCCGGCAACAACCAAGUCUUUGUCUCGGGCGAAGGGCUAGUGUGGCAAUGUGAAAUCGACUCCAGCAUCCACAUCGUGAACAAAUUCCAGUCUCGCAAUUCCACCACAGAAUGGUCCUUUGUACGGGGUGCUAAGAGAGGCGAUUUUACUGUGGCUGUCGCGGCAGCUUCUUCUGCCGCCACCAUUUGGAUUCCGACGCACGACAUCCUUGUCGAAGAUGCGCAUCGCGCAGCCAUCACAGCUAUUGAGCCGCAGCCAGAGUCUCAUGAGCAACAGAAUGGGCAGGCGUCCACUUCUUUUGUCUUCGCUUCUGCUUCGGUCGAUGACACCGUUAAGAUCUGGGAUGUUAAUCUCGAAACAAAGAACAUCACAUGUCUCCACACUUUAUUCCUAUCUCCCGGGGUGCCUGCUUUGGCUUUAGCAUUUUCACCCGAUGGCUACGCCGUCUCUGCAGCUAGUACGGAUAGGCUGUUUAUAUGGAACACAGAGCGUGGCAACGAACCCCUUGCUACUUGGGUGGCCCCUGCUACACCGGAAGUGAAAGAGGAGAGCUCGGAGAAAACGAUAAACGGGUCAAACGGGUCCCACGCGACUGCAUACCGUAGCCUUGCGUGGGAUACAAAUGGGAAGAAGCUUAUUAUGGGGUAUGAGAAGAAGAUGGCAAUUAUAAGCCCCCAGGGAAGAGUCACAAACGCAACCGAAUGA